CACACACACACACACACACACACACACACACACACACACACACACACACACACACACACACGUUGUUCAGGACUGGAGCACAGCAGCGAGCGUGAAACAGGCAGGACUGUUUGUGUUUUGGAGGGAAAGAAGUCUGAGAUUUUCAGUUUGCCUGCUGGAGCUUUCUGUGUGUUGGCUGAACAACUUGACCGGGACGUUUUCUCUCAUCCCUCACGGGUGGCCAAAUGAACUGUUGAGCCAGAGGACCAAAGAUCACAGGUCUUCAUCUACGAAGGGUAAAGCCAGAAGCCUUUUCCAAUUCACGCCACAGCUUCUCUUCACAUUAUGAGCCGGGACUGAACACCUGCAUUGUGGUUUCAUUUUGCGGUGGGGAAGAAAAUUAAUCCAACACCACCAUGGAUGUCAAGAAAAAAGAAAUGGAUCUCCUGAGCAACAGCAUUGCUGCAUUUGCACACAUAAAAUCAAAUCCAGAGAGCUUCGGCCUUUAUUUUGUUCUUGGCGUGUGUUUCGGCUUGGUGUUGACCCUCUGCCUCCUGGUCAUCCGCAUCUCCUGUAAGCCACGGACCACCAUCACUUCCUCCCCACCUGAGAAGAAAACCCUUAAGGACGUCAGCGAGGAGGACGAGGAGAGCGACGACGAUGAAGACGAGGAGAUGGACGGCGGCGUCGAGGCACCUGUUCUGUUGCCCAGCACCGAAAUCCCUGUAGGCAACCAUAUGAGCCAGUCAGACGGGACUCUGAGUGUGAACGUCUUUACCUCAGCCGAGGAGCUGGAGCGUGCACAGCGGCUGGAGGAAAGAGAACGGAUCAUCCGGGAGAUCUGGAGGAACGGACAGCCGGAUAUCCUGGGGACAGGAACUGGGACAAUUGGAAGAGUGCAUUACUACUAAGGCACAAGAGACUAGAGGGAAAAACUGAUCUCAGUGGGGGAGUUAUGGACCUUUUGGAAGGACCUGGUGUCCUUGAAACCUGUCUGUGUUUGAUACAAAAUGAUUUGUGAAACAGGGAAAAUAAAGUCAUGGAGCCACAUUUGAUAAACGUGGCUUUGACAGGUCUGAACUUUGAGAUAUUGCACUUCCUCUGUAGCAUCAUAUUGUUAACUACAUUUAACUGAACCAAUGAGUGCCUUAACGGCUGAUUUACCCCUGUGGAAAUGAUGUGGUAUGAAUGUUGGAUCUGAAGGAUUUAUGGAGAAAUCAGUCGAAUAGAAUAUUUGGUGCUUACUGUCAGAGAUAAACACGAGAUGUGUGGAUGUAAGGAGUGGGAAAUGAAGCAUUUUAAAUAAAAAGCACUAUAUUUKUUGCAAUGACAAUGA